UAAAUUCAAUUCGUUUUUUAAAAAAUUUAUUAAAAAAAAAAAGAAAAAAAAAAAAGAAAGCAACAACCCAUCGUAUAAAAACCGUCCAUGCCAGGAUCGAAGUUGUUACAAUUCCAAUCCUCACUGCAUGUAUCUCGCUUUACACACACUCACUCUCACACAAUACAUCAUCACAUUCCUUCACUCUCUCCCUUUUGUGGGUUUCUGUACCCUCUUCUUCUUCUCCUUCUUCUUCUCUCCUCCACUCUUCAACAAAACCAGAAACAGAGUGUAACCUACCCUUUUAGAAGCACCAGUUGUGUUUCACUUUCUCCUUCGGCUGUCUUCUGCUACAGGAUUUGGUUGAAGAAUGAGAGAACAAGAAGAGAAACUUGUCACAAUACCAGGUGUGUAGACUGUAGAAAAGAAAAUAUCUAUUUUCUUUUUUUUUUUAACCAAUCGAGGGGAGGAUCAGAAAGAAAGUCUUGUAUGGGCAUCAAGUCAGUUCCUUUCUAAACUAUCACGGGGUUUGUUUCAUUUGCCAUUUGUUUAUUCAACUUAAAUCUUUCAUUUUUGACUUACUUGGGUUACGUUUUCCUUUUAGUUCUUCCUCUCUGAUUUUCCCUGGAGCCAAUUAGUGUUGUCUCUUUUUAAAAGAGGCUCGUCUUUUCUUCAUCACCUUCAUCUCUCUGUUCUUUUUUCCUCUGAGCUUCAUAAACUGACAGAAAUGGCGGAAACUCCCAAGUUGGAUUUGGGUUCCAUUGAUGAGGUUUAUGGAUUAGAAGAGAAAAUGGGCACCCAGAAAAUCUCGGUUUCGGAUCAUAUAAAUGGAUUUCACUACACAGCCGAUAAAUCUGAUAGCUUUGUGAUUGACAUGGAGAGUUUCAACCAUGCCAUCACAGAUAAAGAUGUAACUGCAAAUUCUAGAACCUCGUUGCAGAGAAAUCUUUCACGGAAAGGGUCUCAGAGAGUUGGAGAGAAGAAGAUAAGCACUAAUGGAAAUUCAAAUGAUAGAGAUGUUUCAGCUUCAGCUGUAACUUCACCUACAGGGCCUCUUACCCCCAAAAAGCCGACGGUGGUUGCAGGGACCGCAGAUCACCCGGGCAGCCCGCAAGUCCACCAUCAGAUAACCGUCACAGCGGCCAACAUUGGCACCACCGCCGAUGGCAGAUGCGUUGUUAGGAGAAAUAGUUUCCGGCGUUCUUCAUCGUGGGCCGUUGAUCCCAAGAGGGUUCUCUUCUUCUUUGCUACAUUGUCAAGCAUUGGUACAAUCUUACUGAUAUAUUUCACACUUGCAAUUGGCAAGUACAAUCUAGAGGAAAAUAGUCUUGAUUGAUAGCAAUGACAUAAGGUUGAAGCAGGUGUAAGCUUAGUAGUGGAAUUGAAGACAGAAAACAAUUCAACAUGGAAGAGUAACUAGUGGAGAAAAGUUGGCAGUUUUUUUAUGAGAGAUUGGGGACAAAAAUACAGAGCAGAAAAGACUAUUUCAGUUGCAAGUAUGGACAAAGCUAACAACAUUUCCAUCAUGGUGUGUCGUGUUCAGAGAGCAAAUCCCAAAGCCAAUUUGUGCAGCAGGAAUCUACCUUUUUUAUAGAAAUUUUAGAAGUGAAGACAAGGACACACUCCAAUUUGACAGAGAAGGAAUCUUCUUCCUCCUUUUUAUUUAUGUAGAUGGAUGAGCUCAGAACACAUGAUGUGUUCUUGUGUAACAUAUUAGUUUUCUCUGCACAGCUUAGUGAAGGUUUGUAAAGUUGGCCUUUUUGCUCUCACUCCUCUUUUACAUUCCCAUACCUUCUUCUAUUUGUUUGCCCCUCUGGCAAAUCCAACUUCUUUAACUGACUGGCCCUUUUUGUUGUGUGUGGCAUUGUGGCUUCCAUGUGUGACUGAAAUUGGAAGAAAUAAUAAUAAUGUUGUGGUGUGGACGAAGAAGCAUGCGCACUUGGGAAGCUUUUUCUUUAAGAAGUAUUUGGCAGACCAGGAGUGCAAUGGUGGAACUAGGUCUGCCCUGGUUGUUUCUGGAACCCUCUUUGCCUGGCUUUUAGAAAACAACAUUCCAUUCCAUCAUAUAUGCAACAUUAAAAGAAAGAUAAGAUGAUUCAUCCCC